AUGUCUGACCGGAGCUCGUCGGCUGGGCCGACGUUUUUCCCCUUUGGCCCGCAGGCCGAGGCGUGGGACGUCACUUUCAAGGUCAAAUAUGGUGAUACACUUAAAAGGUUUUAUGGUUGUGUCAAUGGGAAUCAUUUUGACAUGAAUUUAUCUGCUCUGCGGGCAAAGAUAGUUACUGCCUUUAAGUUUGGUCCUGAUGCUGACUUCGUUCUGACUUACACCGAUGAGGAUGGUGAUAUUGUCAUGCUGGAUGAUGAUGAUGACUUGCGUGAUGCAGCUCUGCGUCAGAAAUUAAACCCUCUGAGGAUUACUGUUCAACUGAAAAAAAAUCAACCAACUGAAAAAAAAGAUGCCUCUGCACCUGUGAAACCCACUACUCAGGAUCCACUAUCCCAGAUAAUGUCAGCUAUUGAAGGUUUGAAACCUGUUCAGGAAGAUAGUCUGGCUCAUAUAAAAUCAGCCAUUGGUGAAGCAAUCAAGUCUAUCCCAGAGCCAAUACCUGAUGCCCUUGCUAAACUCUCUCAUGAAAUACUUGAUGCAGCACCGCCACCAUUAGCUGAGCUGAUGAAACCUUUUGCACAAUUGAUGGCACCAAACAGUAAUGGCAAUGGGCCAUCUCAUGUGCAUGCUGAGGGGUCAUCUAGCUCUUCCAGUGGUGUGACCCAGACACAGGCCCCGGCUCCGGCCCGGGCUGAAUCUAAAACUGAGCCCAAAGUUAAGCCGAGUUUGGGUCUUAGGGCUGUGUUAAAAGAGGCUGCUGCACCUGUUCCUAACGCUGGAGCUUCUCAAGUUCAACAGCCAUCCAUGCAUGAUUCAUCCCCUAGUGUUUAUCCUAAUCAUUUUGUCCGCUAUUUCAUAACCUAA